AUGGUGGACAAGGUAUGGAGGAAGAGUUGGCAGUUCAUAGAGAAAAGGAGGUCUCUACGUGUGAAGCAGCAGUCUUCUCCCACUGUUGAAUGUAAGAGUGAGUGAGUACCCUCUCCUGUUGAACUUCCUACUGGGUUGAAGGGUUGGGUUGAAGGGUUGAAGGGUUGGGUUGAAGGGUUUGUAUGUUGAUUGCACUACUUGGUUCUUACUGUGUCAUCACAUGUCCUGACUGUGUUGAAUUUUUCAUAGAGAUUGGCUUGGUGACAUGUUUCUCUCUCUGAAUACUAGAUAAUGAAUGGGGCUGUUACAGUCAUAUUUCAAAUAGUAAUCAUGGCCGACCCACUUACAUGCACUUUUAAUCAGCGCACGGUGUUGAGAAGUUGAUGUAGGCUGUGUCUAGAAAUUGUAGUAUCAGCACUUCUGAGAAAUGACUGCAAUAUUUACCCAUGUGAGUGGUGUUAUGGCUGAAUGCUGCACUACCACCAACUAUGCAGAAUUGGCUCUGUAAUGACGUUUCAAAACAGAAACAUGGACCUCACUGUUUUAUUUGGCUGUUUUCAUUUAGACAUCAACAGCUUAGUUGGAAUUCAUGCCGUGAGGACUUGAUUCAUAGACAUUUCCUGAACUUAUUCAGCAGCACAGUGGUUAAAGUCAUGUACACACUAUGAAAGAAUGACUGCCAAAUGAGUACUGAAUGGUCAAUGUUGGUGGUGAUUGUACUGUCCUGAAUAGGUUCUAGAGGAGUAAUGGAUGAGAUGCCUACUUGAUGAGUUUCAAUAUGGUAUGAGUACUGGGAGACCAGUGGAUGGGCACAGGAUAUGAAAGCUUUGAGUGACUGUGUUUCUCUGUCUUUGUAUCAUUGCAGUGUGGAGGGGGAUGAAAACUUUGAGAAACUCUUUCUGUCUGUGUCAUUGCAGUAGACUAACUGUGUAUCUCUGUGUCUGUGUCAUUGCAGUAGACUAACUGAGUAUCUCUGUGUCUGUGUCAUUGCAGUGUGGAGGGAGAUGCGCGGCCCAAUGAGAGUGACAGUGGAGCCAGCUACAGGGGCCCAGUGAUCAGCCCAGAACGCUUCGAGGGCCCCCUCUACGGCCACGGAGUGCAGCCCGGCCCCCAGCGGCCCCCCCGCAGGCCCAAGCUCCAGCACUCCCAGUCCAUCCUCCGCAAGCAGGCCGAGGAGGAGGCCAUCAAACGCUCCCGCUCACACUCAGAGGGCUAUGAGCUGUCGGCUGACCUCCAGGACAAACAGGUAGAGUACCCUGGCCUCACUAACCCUAACCCUGGCCCCACUGUCUGAUUGUCUGCAGACACACUCAUCAACAUCUAUACAGAUGUCGUCACCUAAUAUCUCCCCUAAUGAACUACUAUAUCAUUGACCUCACUACACACUACACACACCCUAACUAAUCAUCUACAGAUACCUUUGAAAAAAACUGUGGCGUUGCUUUGCUGCAGGUUCUCUGCUCAUCCUGGACAUUUGUAUGACUAACAAAUUAUAGUAAUGUUCCCUCGACAAGCUCAAUUCAGUCCCACGUGUGUAUGAGCAUGGGUCAUCAUUUGUGAAGGGCUGUUGUGUUAUAAUCAUUGUGUUAUAAUCUGUCAGGUGGAGAUGCUGGAGCGUAAAUAUGGCGGACGCUUCAUAACCCGGCAUGCGGCCCGCACCAUCCAGACAGCCUUCCGCCAGUACCAGAUGAACAAAAACUUUGAGCGUCUCAGGAGUUGUAUGUCUGAGAACCGCAUGUCCCGACGCAUCGUCCUGUCCAAUAUGAGGAUGCAGUUCUCCUUCGAGGGCCCUGAGAAAGUCCACAGCUCCUACUUUGAGGGGAAACAGGUGUCCCUGACAGACGACGGCACCCCCCUGGCCUUGGUACAGUCCGAGUGCGGGGACAUGGAGGUCCACCACCAGGCCAACAUGGCGUCUCACCCGGCCUCCCAGAACCACCUGACGGAUGCCAUCACAGAGCUGGAGGACGCCUUCUCCAGGCAGGUCAAGUCUCUGGCUGAGUCCAUCGACGACGCCUUGAACUGCCGCAGCCUGCAGGGCGAUGAGGGUCAUGACCCCAAGGCCUUGGGCUGCCCUGAGGUGGAGAGGGAGGUGGCCUAUCAGGUGAAGCCUCACCGCGGGGCGACAGGACGCGUGCGAGAGGACAUGAUGGCAUCCUACAGCGACGUGACUCUGUUUAUUGACGAGGAGGAGCUGUCUCCCUCCAUGGGGCUGUCGCGGGGGUCUGGUGACCAGCCCUCCAGCAUUGAGUCAGACCUCCGCCUGCGCUCGGCCAACUCCUCCCAGGACUACUGGCCGCUGGACCCCAAGGACGAGGGUCGUGACACGGACACCAGCUGUCGCAGCACUCCCUCCCUGGAGUGCCAGGAACAGAGGCUCCACCUCCCCCUGCUGACCAUCGAGCCGCCCAGCGACAGCUCCGCCGAACACAGUGACCGCUCUGACCGCAGCUCCGUCAAACGUCCGCCUGUCUACGAGCCUCACGGGGGCGGGCACAUUGUGGCAUCCUCCCAGGCCAGCCCUAAACACAUCUCUCAUGGCCCGCCUCCACGGGGGCCCUCCCGGGACGACGAGGCACCACUCCGCCACCGCCACAGGGCGCUGGAGAGCCACCUGGCCAUCAACGGCUCGGCCAACCGGCAGAGCAAGUCUGAGUCUGACUUCUCGGACGGGGAUAACGACAGCAUCAACAGCACGUCUAACUCCAACGACACCAUCAACUGCAGCUCUGAGUCGUCGUCCCGGGACAGCCUGAGGGAACAGACACUCAGCAAGCAGACGUACCACAAAGAGACACGCAACAGCUGGGACUCGCCGGUCUUCAGCAACGAUGUGAUCCGCAAGAGGCACUACCGCAUUGGCCUGAACCUCUUCAACAAGUAGGUGCUCGGCUCUGACAGAGUGCUAACGUGGUUGACCACUGAUUGGUGUCAUGAGCUGGUGUCAAUGAGCUGUUGAUGUUGUAGAGUGGUCCUGGUAGAUGAACCGAGGUGACCUACCUACAGUAAUCAGGGUUGUAUGAGUGCCACACAAUAUACGGAAAUAAGUCUAAUUCAAUUCAAUUAGGAAGGUUGAGGAUAAGAGAGUACUCUAUUAAAAUGGAAAAAUGGAAAAUGCAUUUGUGUAAGAUAGGCCUAUAGGCUAAGUCAUAUAUUUGGGCAUUUGUGUCAUCUCUUUGCAUAUUUAUAUGUCUACUUAUUUAACUGAUAUACUGUAGAUGAGAAAUUCGGACUGAUGCAUUUUUACAGUCCAUCUGUUUAUCCUCUACUACAUACAUAGCUCCUCUGUAGCUCAGCUGGUAGAGCACGGCGCUUUUAACGCCAAGGUAGUGGGUUCGAUCCUCGGGACCACACAUACACCAAAAAAAAAAUUAUGCACGCAUGACUGUAAGUCGCUUUGGAUAAAAGCGUCUGCUAAAUGGCAUAUUAUAUUAUUAUACAGCCAGACAGUGUCGCUCCAUUUUCUGUGCCCUGGUUAAAUAUUAUUAACCACCCUUUUCCUGCUGAAGCCACUUCCUAUUAGUCAGAAUCAAACACCACACUUGGCUUUGUAUUACGAUUGGAUAGGUCGCAUGAGGACACGCAUGCUUAUGAAAAAGGCCACAUUUUGAUGAUGGCCUUUUUGAGAAGGAUCACCUUGGGCAUUCUCAGUGUGUUUCUUCACUAUAACAGUAACCAUCCUCUUUGUGUGUGUGUGUGUGUGUGUGUGUGUGUGUGUGUGUGUGUGUGUGUGUGUGUAUGUGUGUGUGUGUGUGUGUCUGCAGGAAACCAGAAAAGGGCGUCCAGUACCUAACUGAGAGAGGGUUCGUCCCGGACACGCCUGUGGGUGUGGCUCACUUCCUGCUUCAGAGAAAGGGCCUGAGCAGGCAGAUGAUUGGAGAGUUCCUGGGCAACCGGCAGAAACAGUUCAACAGAGACGUCCUGGAGUGAGUACUGUUAAUUGGUCAUUUUUAAAGGCCAGGUCUUGUGACCUGACCAGGAAAAUCACUGGACACUCUUUAUAGUCUAUCAAUCCACCAUCGAUUGGGAGAUCACAGGGGAAUAACCCUGUUAUUCCAGUGCCUUGCACAGAUAGCUUUAUACUGUAGGCCAGAACAGUAGAUUAACUGUAGAGAGUUCAGCAAACUAUCCUCCAUCUUCACACUCACUGCUCCAAAUGUUUGUCCUAACUGAGAGGUUAUUGCCUUGGGACAGUUGGCAUAAACUGUUCCAAGGCAUUAAAAUUCAACAUAUUAAACAAAGAUGGCUGAGGAUGGCAAAUAUUGAUACUGUAAUGUUGAAGGAGCUAGCACGCAAGCAUUUCACCGCACCUUUUAUACCUGCUGUGUACGUGACUAAUACAUUUGAUCUGAUUCGAUUUUUUUAUUUAACUUUGUAUAUCUGUGGCUAUGGGCCAGCCUGGUAGAAUGUCCACACUCUACUGCUCAGGGAGAGAGCGAGAGGGAGGGACAGGCUGGGCUCAUUAAGAUGAUACAGACGAUAGAGAUGACUGGCUGUGUCAAUAGGACUAGAUAAAACCCACAGUCACCCUAUUUCAAACACACAGAUCUCCACAUUUAAGAACAAUCUGGUGCUCCUCACACUUGGCCUCUCAAAUGUGUUUUGUGUCAUUAUCAAAGGACUAUUAGGCAGUUUCCUGUCAGAUUUUGACAAAUCUUGAACUGCUGGGCACAGGAUGCCACCGUGAUCUGUGUAUUUCAGCUCGGAACUGAAUGAGAUGGACUUUUGUAAUGAAUACUAGACAAAUCAUUGAUCAACAAUAUAUUUUUGGGUUAGUGAAUUGAUUGUUGGGUUGGUUGGUUGGUUGUGUGUUCCAGCUGUGUGGUAGAUGAGAUGGAUUUCUCGUCAAUGGAGCUGGACGAGGCACUGAGGAAGUUCCAGAACCACAUCCGGGUCCAGGGAGAGGCACAGAAGGUGGAGCGCCUCAUCGAAGCCUACAGGUAAGACAACAGAGGAGAGUACAUAGGUUAAGAAUGUACUGGAAUAAAGAUACAUACCGGUGAGAGAAGGGGUUUGGCUAAGAGGGGUACACAGGUCUGUUUUAGCAUUACAACAUUAUAACACUGUAAUCAACAUCUGCGAACAAUUAAAAUACUGUAAUGGCUAGAGUACUGCACAAUAUUUUUGGAUAAUGUUCCCUCAUCUGUCACGAGAGAGACUCUUUUGCAUGACAUUUUCAAAUAGAGUUGCUCUGACGUUGACCAAUGUCUUGGAAAUGCAAGUCACUGCUAGCUUUGCUCACAACACCAUGUUGGCUAAAGGACUUGAUGCGUAGAGGGACUCGGUGCUUCAGUUACUUUUGCUUGAGUAAAUAGAGCAGUUCCUCACGCAAUGCUGCAAGAUGAUGGCAUGGUACACACACAAUGCUAACAGUUAUUGACCAUCAUCUGAUGCAUUGUAUCCUGGCCUAAACACAUUUUCAUCAGCAAGUCAACCAGAUUAAUGUCCACAUUGUGUGGACAAUAAGGCUUUUAACAUUCUGUUGCAUUCUAUGAUGGCUCUCUAUAUCAAAAGUCAAUAUGACUCUUUCAACCUCUGACAUGGGAUGUCAUCUUCCUUUCCUGUUUCUCUGUAUUCCAGCCAGCGCUACUGCAUCUGUAACCCCACGGUGGUGCGCCAGUUCCGGAACCCUGACACCAUCUUCAUCCUGGCUUUUGCCAUCAUCCUCCUCAACACGGACAUGUACAGCCCCAAUGUCAAGCCAGAGAGGAAGAUGAAGCUGGAGGACUUCGUCAAGAACCUCCGAGGUGAGAGAGAGAAGGGGAAAUGUCAGGGUUUCUGAAGUCAAAACUGAGACAUUGUCCUCUACAUACUUUAGAGAAAAUAAGUAAUGAUACAAUAAACAAAAAACUGCAUCAAGUGAGUGCGGGACAUUCACAAUACGAUUGCUUCACCCUUUCAACAAUGCAUAUUGAAGAAAAAACACUUGAGCAUGUUCCACUCUCAUAUAUCUGUAGAAAAGCAGAAAACACACAUCCACUCCAGCUCAACAUAAUCUUCUGCCAAUACAGAAAGACCAGGAGAAACUCCCGGCUCAUAGGCAUUGGCUUAAUCUACCAACCAAUCAUCUCCCACUACAACUUCCCCCUAAACCUCCCAUUUACAGUCGUGGUCAAAAGUUUUGAGAAUGACACAAAUAUUAAUUUUCACAAAGUCUGCUGCCUCAGUUUUUAUGAUGGCAAUUUGCAUAUACUCCAGAAUGUUAUGAAGAGUGAUCAGAUGAAUUGCAAUUAAUUGCAAAGUCCCUCUUUGCCAUGAAAAUGAACUUAAUCCCCCCCAAAAAUGUCCACUGCAUUUCAGCCAUGCCACAAAAGGACCAGCUGACAUCAUGUCAGUGAUUCUCUCGUUAACACAGGUGAGAGUGUUGACGAGAUCACUCUGUCAUGCUGAUUGAGUUAGAAUAACAGACUGGAAGCUUUAAAAGGAGGGUGGUGCUUGAAAUCAUUGUUCUUCCUCUGUUAACCAUGGUUACCUGCAAGGAAACACGUGCCGUCAUCAUUGCUUUGCACAAAAAGGGCUUCACAGGCAAGGAUAUUGCUGCUAGUAAGAUUGCACCGAAAUCAACCAUUUAUCGGAUCAUCAAGAACUUCAAGGAGAGAGGUUCAAUUAUAAUAAUAAUAAUAAUAUGCCAUUUAGCAGACGCUUUUAUCCAAAGCGACUUACAGUCAUGCGUGCAUACAUUUUUGUGUAUGGGUGGUCCCAGGGAUCGAACCCACUACCUUGGCGUUACAAGCGCCGUGCUCUACCAGCUGAGCUACAGAGGACCACAAUUGUUGUGAAGGAGGCUUCAGGGCGCCCAAGAAAGUCCAGCAAGCGCCAGGACCGUCUAAAGUUGAUUCAGCUGCGGGAUCGGGGCACCACCAGUGCAGAGCUUGCUCAGGAAUGGCAGCAGGCAGGUGUGAGUGUAUCUGCACGCACAGUGAGGCGAAGACUUUUGGAGGAUGGCCUGGUGUCAAGAAGGGCAGCGAGGAAGCCACUUCUCUCCAGGAAAAACAUCAGGGACAGACUGAUAUUCUGCAAAAGGUACAGGGAUUGGACUGCUGAGGACUGGGGUAGUCAUUUUCUCUGAUGAAUCCCCUUUCCAAUUGUUUGGGGCAUCUGGAAAAAAGCUUGUCCGGAGAAGACAAGGUGAGCGCUACCAUCAGUCCUGUGUCAUGCCAACAGUAAAGCAUCCAGAGACCAUUCAUGUGUGGGGUUGCUUCUCAGCCAAGGGAGUGGGCUCACUCACAAUUUUGCCUAAGAACACAGCCAUGAUUAAAGAAUGGUACCAACACAUCCUCCGAGAGCAACUACUCCCAACCAUCCAAGAACAGUUUGGAGACGAACAAUGCCUUUUCCAGCAUGAUGGAGCACCUUGCCAUAAGGCAAAAGUGAUAACUAAGUGGCUCGGGGAACAAAACAUCAAAAAUGUGGGUCCGUGGCCACGAAACUCCCCAGACCUUAAUCCCAUUGAGAACUUGUGGUCGAUCCUCAAGAGGCGGGUGGACAAACAAAAACCCACAAAUUCGGACAAACUCCAAGCAUUGAUUAUGCAAGAAUGGGCUGCCAUCAGUCAGGAUGUGGCCCAGAAGUUAAUUGACAGCAUGCCAGGGCGGAUUGCAGAGGUCUUGAAAAAGAAGGGUCAACACUGCAAAUAUUGACUCUUUGCAUAAACUUAAUGUAAUUGUCAAUAAAAGCCUUUGACACUUAUGGAAUGCUUGUAAUUAUACUUGUAAAUAUACCAUAGUAACAUCUGACAAAAAUAUCUAAAAACACUGAAGCAGCAAACUUUGUGAAGACCAAUACUUGUGUCAUUCUCAAAACGUUUGACCACGACUGUACGCUAAAACACCACAUGCACAGAGCCACGCCUCGUAGUCGUGUGUUUCGCAAAAAUGUAAUUAUGACAAAUACUAGAAUUAUAUGGUCACUCUCACUAAGGCCAACUUUGAAUCGUUGAUGUACCAGGCUUAUAUGCGCUGUGCACAAUAGCCUGGGGACGAGGUUAAGCUCAGCAUGAAUGUAGCAGGGCAGAGAAUAAUCAAUCACAACUGGAACUGGCUCCACUGUCCACAGACAGAAUGCCACUACUCUGACACGAGUCACGACAAUACUGUUUAUUUGUGCUAUGUAAUCAGCAUUUCAAUCACGAAUGCAACUAUUUCAUCACACACAGAUGAAAAUAAUAUAUUUUUCACCGGUAGGGUGACUGCAGCAUGUCGACUAUCUGAAGAAUUUGCCACAUGUCACAUGUGUUAAAAGGACAUUUCACUGUCUGUCAGCGUCUGGAAGUUGACAAAGCAGGCUGUGACUGUUUGAGUCGUGGCUGUUUAAGGUGUUGGUGUUAAAACAGAGUGAUAACUAUGAAUUGUGAAGACAUUUGUUAACUGAUUAAUUUCUCCUUCACACAAUCACAUUAGCGUUUCUUAAUAUUGGGUGAGCAGUGUGAUAGAAGCACAUUCAACUAUUUGUCUUAUUUUGGCAUUUAAGAUUUUAUUAGAGAAAUAAAGCAUGAUGGGAUAAUUCAUAAUCUAUCGUGAUGAGUGUCAGUAAUGGGAAAAAAACAAUAAGUAAUUGGUUAAGAUGGAUUCAUAAUCCUACUCUACUUUCCCCUCUCAAUGACAAGAACAAAGUGUGUGCAUGCAUUUCCGUGUGUGUGUGUGUGCGCCUGCGUGUGUGUGUGCCGUGCGUGCGUGUGUGUGCCGCUGUCUGUGAGUGUGUGUAACCAUUGUCUCCUCUCCUCCCCAGGGGUGGACGAUGGCGAGGAUAUCCCCAGGGAGACUCUGGUAGGAAUCUAUGAGAGGAUCAGGAAGAGGGAGCUGAAGACCAACGAGGACCAUGUGUCUCAGGUCCAGAAGGUGGAGAAACUCAUAGUGGGGAACAAAAAACCGGUGAGGAACGCACAACUUAACUAAAACUCUUCUAUAGCACUUUUUGCAGAGCACUUGAUCCAAGGCAGAUGACGGAAAUGCCCUUGGGUUUUACACUGGAGAGACUUGUCAUCUUAAUGAAACUACGAUUAACUAUUGUGUUUGGUUUGUCAAAUACAGCCCAAAGACAUACAUUCUCCAUGGAGAGAGAGAGAGAGAGAUAGUGUUGUGCCUUUUCUUCAUACACUUUCAUAUUUAAAGUUAUCACCUCUUCUCCUGCUGUUGGAGUGCAAACCCUCACAGAAAGUUAAGGAGGGUUUAUGCAGUACUGUAUUGGCUGUCCUCUGGCAGCAGCAGGGUCCUGUGACUGUAGUACUGUAUUGGCUGUCCUCUGGCAGCAGCAGGGUCCUGUGACUGCAGUACUGUAUUGGCUGUCCUCUGGCAGCAGCAGGGUCCUGUGACUGUAGUACUGUAUUGGCUGUCCUCUGGCAGCAGCAGGGUCCUGUGACUGCAGUACUGUAUUGGCUGUCCUCUGGCAGCAGCAGGGUCCUGUGACUGUAGUACUGUAUUGGCUGUCCUCUGGCAGCAGCAGGGUCCUGAGACUGUAGUACUGUAUUGGCUGUCCUCUGGCAGCAGCAGGGUCCUGUGACUGUAGUACUGUAUUGGCUGUCCUCUGGCAGCAGCAGGGUCCUGUGACUGUAGUACUGUAUUGGCUGUCCUCUGGCAGCAGCAGGGUCCUGUGACUGCAGUACUGUAUUGGCUGUCCUCUGGCAGCAGCAGGGUCCUGUGACUGCAGUACUGUAUUGGCUGUCCUCUGGCAGCAGCAGGGUCCUGUGACUGUAGGACUGUAGUGUAGUGAGUCACGUCUGACUCUGAGACCUUCACGCCGGUGACUUUAAUACACUCACAGCCCUUGAGAGGUGUCAGCCACCUCAUUUUACAUUUUUGUCAUUUAGCAGACGCUCUUAUCCAGAGCGACUUACAGUUAAUGCAUUCAUCAUAAGAUAGCUGGGUGAGACAACCACAUUUCACAGUCCCAGUAAGUAUAUUUUUCCUCAAUAAAGGGACUCUGCUGUCCCAGCAUCAGGGGGAAACUGGUUCCACCAUUGGGGUGCCAGGAUAGAGAAGAACUUUGACUGGGCUGAGCGAGAACUGACCUCCCAUAAGCGUGGGACGGCCAAGAGACCAGACGUGGUGGAACGGAGUGCUCGGAUUGGGAUGUAGGGUUUGAGCAUAACCUAAAGGUAGGGAGUGGCAGUUCCCUUUGUUGCUCCUUUAUCAAGCAACAUGGUCUUGCAUGCGAGCUUCGACUGGAAGCCAGUGGAGUGUGCGGAGGAGCAGGGUGACAUGACAUGGGAGAACUUGGGAAGGUUGCUGCGGCGUUCUGGAUAAGUUGAAGGGUUUUGAUGGCACAAGCAGGGAGCCCAGCCUCUGCAGUCUAAUGAAGAAUGAGAACCAACUCCCAUAACCUUCCCUUACUCAGAGAGAGAAAGAGAUGUUGUUCUUCUCUGUUACCAAGGUGUCUCAUUACAUUUACAUUUUAGUCAUUUAGCAGACGCUCUUAUCCAGAGCGACUUACAGUUAGCACAUACAUUAUUUAAUCGAACCCACAACCCUGGCGUUGCAAACGCCAUGCUCUACCAACUGAGCUACAUCCCUGCCGGCCAUUCCCUCCCCUACCCUGGACGACGCUGGGCCAAUUGUGCGCCGCCCCAUGGGUCUCCCGGUCGCGGCCGGCUACGACAGAGCCUGGAUUCGAACCAGGAUCUCUAGUGGCACAGCUAGCACUGCGAUGCAGUGCCUUAGACCACUGCGCCACUCGGGAGAUAAUGCCUUAACACUUAAUGUAGUGAAGUACUGCAUAUAGUGAAAAGGCCUAGUCUGUACUUGUAGCCAUGAAUUACAUUUCAGUCAUGUAAAGAUAGAGGGGAACUGAGAUUCUCAGUGACCGCAUGAAUUUAAAGUGAUUAACCCCUUAUACCCCAGGGAGCUCCAGACAGACUGAUUUUAGCAUGAUGAUGGACUCCUUAUAUCUCCCAGUAGUGGAGCAGAAGGGGAUCACCCCUUCACCACACGCUAUAAUGUAAUGCAAUGAAAAAAACAUCACUAAACAGCAGUAUCAAAACCCUCAGAGGACCCACAGUACAGUGAAGAACCUGGACAUUAAAAUCCACAUUAGACUUCCAUCCUAUAAGAAUCUACAGGUAACUGCCAAAAUAAAGGAAACACGAGUAAAUACAUACUAUAUUGAAAGCAGGAUCCAGACAGGUGUGGUUCCUGAGUUAAUUAAGCAAUUAACAUCCCAUCAUGCUUAGGGUCAUAUAUUGUGUGUGUGUGUCUCAGUCACCAGAUCUCAACCCAAUUGAACACUUAUGCGAGAUUCUAGAGCGGCGCCCGAAACUGCGUUUUCCACCACCAUCAACAAAACACCAAAUUAUGGAAUUUCUCCUUGAAGAAUGGGAUCACAUCCCUCCAAUAGACUUCCAGACACUUGUAGAUGCCAAGGUGCACUGAAGCUGUUCUGGUGGCUGUUGGUUUCCUUUAUUUAGUCAGUUACAGAUAUCUGUCCCACUGGUACUAUAGAGCUAGAGGAUCAGUUUUCACCUCCAUUAUUUAAACCAGUACCCCCAACAGUACACAUUUUUAUAUUAACCUUGGACAAGCACACCUGAUUCAACUUGUCAACUAAUCAUCAAGCCCUCAAUGAGUUGAAUGCGGUGUGUUUGUCAAGGGCUACAACAAAACUGUGUAAUGCUGGGGGUACUCAAUGACCAGGGUUAGGAGACACUGGUUUAAACCACCUCAUUCAACUCAUUACUGACUCUGUCAAAUCCCCUACAGAACAACUGCAAUACUGAGAUUCUACUUUGAGGUUCUCAUGAUGGUUUGCACACACUGUAGAUGGCUCAUACAGACAUAAACACACAGCCAGACUAAUUUUGGACCAGGCUGUAACCAUACAUCUUUAGAGGGAAGAAUCUGUAUGACCCCAUCAAUGAGAUGACCUAUGAGAUGUAAUGUGACUGUAAUGUACUGCAUUUAUAUGGAACAUGUUCUAGGCGCAUGUCCUGUAAGCACAUAAACAGUAAGAGGUUCUCUCUUUGAUCUUCUCUCUGUCCUUUCAAUGCAGAUUGGAUCUCUCCACCAUGGUCUAGGAUGUGUAAGUACAUAUUCACAGUUUACAUGUAAGCACCAUGUAACCACCAUAUCAUUUUCCUCCCCCACAAUUUAUAUGUAAGGCAAGGGCUAUGCAUGUACAGUCAGGUCCAUCAUUAUUGGCAUCCUUGAUGAAGAUGAGCAACAAAGACUGUAUAAAAUAAAUAAUACAAAUACUGAGCUAUAUUGUAUGCUCAGAACAUUGGGAAAUUAUAUUAUUUUAUACUAAUACAAUUGCUAUGAGAUAGGGGUAAAAAUUAUUGGCACCCCUGUUUUCAAUACUCUAGCACCCUCUCCUUGCGAAGAUAACGACACUGAGCCUUUUUCUAAAAUGUUUUAUGAGAUUGGAGAACACAUUGGGAGGGAUCUUAGCUUAUUCCUCCAUACAGAAUCUUUCCAGAUCCCUGCUCUGUGACACUCUGGCUCCGGGACGUUUGUAUUUGAGCCAGGGUGUAUUUUGUUAUGUUUGGUUGGGUGUUUCUAAGUGUUGUAUUUCUAGGUUUGGUCAAUGACUCCCAAUCGGAGGUAACGAGUGUCAGCUGUCGGCUCGUUAUCUCUGAUUGGGAGCCAUAUUUAUUUCUGUAUGUUUUCCUGUGGGGUUUGUGGGUUUUUGUUCCAAGUUCAGUCAUAGUCACUGUAGGACUUCACUAUCGUCAUUUGUUUGUUGUUUUCGUGGUUGCUUUUAUUUAAUAAAGUCAUCAUGUUCACUCCACGCGCUGCGUAUUGGUCUGCUCCCUUUCAAGACGGUCGUGACAGAAAAACCCACCACAAAAGGACCAAGCAGCGUGUCCAGGAGCAAAGGGUCUGGACAUGGGAGGAGAUUUUGGACGGAAAAGGGUCCUGGACUUGGGAGGAAAUCCUGGAGGGGAUGGAUCGCCGUCCAUGGAGCGAGACAGUGGAGAGGCGACGGAGAGAGGAGCAACGGCGUCAGCAGGGCCAUCGUCGGAAGGACGAGAGGCAACCCCAAAAAGUUUUUUGGGGGGGGCACAUGGCUUGGGCGGCUGGGCAGCGGGAGGCUGCCACAGGACUGACGGAGGCAGAGAAGGGGCGAAUUCAAGAGGCAACCAGGUUACGGGGGUCACUGGCCAAAGUAGGGAGAGGAGAUGUAGGGGCACGGCGAGUGGUACUGGGGUGUAUUACCAGUCCGGUCCGGCCCGUUCCAGUUCCCGGGGUAGAGCCAGUGGUGUGUGCCUCCAGUACGGUCCGGCCUGUUACGACCCCUCGCACCAAGGAUACGGUGCGCUUCGCCAGCCCGGCCCGGCCUGUUCCGGCCACUCGCACCAGGGAUACGGUGCGCUUCGCCAGCCCAGCCCGGCCUGUUCCGGCCACUCGCACCAGGGAUACGGUGCGCUUCGCCAGCCCAGCCCGGCCUGUUCCGGCCACUCGCACCAGGGAUACGGUGCGCUUCGCCAGCCCGGCCCGGCCUGUUCCGGCCACUCGCACCAGGGAUACGGUGCGCGUCGCCAGCCCUUUCCCACCAGUGCCUACACCACGCCCCAAGCCUCCUGUGUGUCUCCCGAGUCCUGUGCGUCCUGUUGCUGCUCUCCGCACUAGGCUUUAUGUGCGUUCCCAGGGUCCAGCAUGCCCUGUUGCUUCUCUCCGCACUAGCCCUUAUGUGUGUUCCCAGGGUCCAGCAUGCCCUGUUGCUUCUCCCCGCACUAGCCCUGAGAUGCGUGGCCUCAGCCCGGGACCACCAGUUCCGGCACCACGCACUAGGCCUUAUGUGCGUCCCCAGGGUCCAGCAUGCCCUGUUCCUUCUCCCCGCACUAGCCCUGAGAUGCGUGUCCUCAGCCCGGGACCACCAGUUCCGGCACCACGCACCAGGCCUAUAGUGCGUCUCGGCCGGCCAGAGUCUGCCGUCUGCCCAACGGCGCCUGAACUGCCCGUCUGCCCAACGGCGCCUGAACUGCCCGUCUGCCCAACGGCGCCUGAACUGCCCGUCUGCCCAACGGCGCUUGAACUGCCCGUCUGCCCAACGGCGCCUGAACUGCCUGUCUGCCCAACGCCGUCUGAACUGUCCGUCUGCCAAGCGCUGCAUAAGCCGCCCGUCUGCCAUGAGCCUUCUGAGCCGUCCGCCAGACCGGAGCCGCUAGAGCCUUCCGCCAGACAGGAUCAGCCAGAGCCUUCCGCCAGACAGGAUCAGCCAGAGCCUUCCGCCAGACAGGAUCAGCCAGAGCCUUCCGCCAGACAGGAUCAGCCAGAGCCUUCCGCCAGACAGGAUCAGCCAGAGCCUUCCGCCAGACAGGAUCAGCCAGAGCCUUCGCCAGACAGGAUCAGCCAGAGCCUUUCGCCAGACAGGAUCAGCCAGAGCCUUCCGCCAGACAGGAUCCGCCAGAGCCGUCCAGCCAGGAUCCGCCAGAGCCAGCCAGCCAGGAUCCGCCAUUGAGUCAGGUGCUGCCCCUUAUCCUGGUGCUGCCCCUUAGUCCGGUACUGCCCCUUAGUCCGGUGCUGCCCCUUAGUCUGGUGCUGCCCCUUAGUCCGGUGCUGCCCCUUAAACCGGUGGGGGUCAUGUGGAGGAGGCUAGGGAAGCGGGUGGUGACUAAGGUGGGGUGGGGACCACGACCAGGGCCAGAACCGCCACCGUGGACAGACGCCCACCCAGACCCUCCCCUAGACUGUAUGCUGGUGCGCCCGGAGUUCGCACCUUUAGGGGGGGGUACUGUGACACUCUGGCUCCGGGACGUUUGUAUUUGAGCCAGGGUGUAUUUUGUUAUGUUUGGUUGGGUGUUUCUAAGUGUUGUAUUUCUAGGUUUGGUCAAUGACUCCCAAUCGGAGGUAACGAGUGUCAGCUGUCGGCUCGUUAUCUCUGAUUGGGAGCCAUAUUUAUUUCUGUAUGUUUUCCUGUGGGGUUUGUGGGUUUUUGUUCCAAGUUCAGUCAUAGUCACUGUAGGACUUCACUAUCGUCAUUUGUUUGUUGUUUUCGUGGUUGCUUUUAUUUAAUAAAGUCAUCAUGUUCACUCCACGCGCUGCGUAUUGGUCCGUUUCCUCAGACGAUCGUGACAUGCUCUUAUGAACUGCCCUCUUCAAUUCAAACCACAGGUUUUCAAUGGGGUUCAAGUUCGGAGAUGAGAUGAGCAAUUGUAUUAGUAUAAAAUAAUAUAAUUUCUAAACUUUUUCAGCAUACAAUAUAGCUCAGUAUUUGUAUUAUUUAUGUUAUACAGUCUUUUUAGCUCAUCUUCAUCAAGGGUGCCAAUAAUGAUGACCCUGACUGUACAUGCAUUUAAACUAUCAUCACCCAGUCUUAUUGUAUCAGGAUGCCUAAAAUAAUCCACGUCCUGUAGAGACUUGUUGUUUCAGACUACUUUAGUUGGAUUAAGGAUCUCCUUUCCCCUGAAAGCCCACACCUAUUACUGACAUGAGGAGGAUCUCCUUUCCCCUGAAAGCCCACACCUAUUACUGAGAUGAGGAGGAUCUCCUUUCCCCUGAAAGCCCACACCUAUUACUGAGAUGAGGAGGAUCUCCUUUGAUGCUCCUGUAGACAGAGUCAACACAUAUAAAUUCCUAGGUGCCAGUGAGCUGCAGUGUUUACUGACUGUGUACUGAGCCAGGCAUAUAUAACUGCCAGGGAACAGACCACACAGAGAGGCUUCACACACACACACACACUCCUACUCACACAGACAGAGGGCAUUUGUUAGGGUGGGUAUUAUUAGUCAUGAAUGUUUUAGGGGUGAGACGUGCUGGAAGAUUGUUCUGAAUAUAUUUGGAAGAAUAAUAAACGAUGUAACUAAUGUAACCUAUAUGCUCACAGGCUUCUGUUCUACUGCCAUUACACUGUUUACAUAAUAAUAUGAUUCUACAGGAAAGUAAUCUACCAGCUCCUGCUUUUCAUUUGUUUUCAUUGGAUGAAUCAGACAGUUUUAGACUGUUUUAAUUUGCUGGUAUUAAACUUUUAUGAGCACAUUGUUUGAGGGAAUAAAUGAGAGAUGUGUUUUGGUCCAAGGGAACCUAGUCUAAUUACUCUGUGUCCCCCUGACUCCCAAACAAACUAGGGUGGUGAAACCACCUCUCCAAACGACAAUUAAUACAUUAGGAUGAAUAAUGUAACAAGGAGAAACAGCAGCACCAGGGGGUUCGUAGCACACUAUUCAGACAUCAUUAAAAGCCAUUUCCUCUGCACUCCUCACACUAAAUCAUCCUAAAAUGGAGGCUCACAGUUUCCGUUUUUAUUUCCCUGUUGGCAUAGCUGAGGGUGUGUGUGCGUGUGUGCGUGUGUGUGUGUGUGCGCGUGCAUAUAUCUGAGUGUGUGCAUUUCUAAUAUUAUCCCAAAAUAUUGAAAAAUGUAAGUACUAAAUACUGUUCUAUUUUGGGGUCAUAUUACUUUGUGACCUGAGCUCAGGAGGAGCGCAGAGUGUUAGUGAGUAAUGUUGUUGUGUUGGCUUCUAGGUCCUGUCCCUGCCCCAUCGCAGGCUGGUCUGCUACUGCCGGCUGUUUGAAGUGCCAGACCCCAACAAGCUCCAGAAGCUGGGCCUGCACCAGCGGGAGAUCUUCCUGUUUAAUGAUCUUCUGGUGGUACGUCUCCUUCCUUUCUCCUAUCCUGUCCUAUCCUAUCCUGUCCUAAAUACGGUCAUUCUAGCCUCACAGCAACAACAAUGAUCCAGUCUUUUUAGUUUAAACCUCUUAAGUCUAAGCUUUCUUCACUCUCUUUCUUGCCCUCACAGUAUAACUUGUGUAUUUGGCUGUGUGUUUGUUUGUGUGUUUAUUUGGGUGCAGGUGACAAAGAUUUUCCAGAAGAAGAAAAACUCUGUGACAUACAGCUUCAGGCAGUCUUUCUCUCUGUAUGGGAUGCAGGUUCUGAUGUUUGAGAACCAGUGUAAGUGGCACAGACCUCUCCCGCCUAAUUCACCAUCUCCUCAAUGUGCAUUCAGAAAGUAUUCAGACCCCUUGACUUUUUCCACAUUUUGUUACGUUACAUCCUUAUUCUAAAAUGGGGGGGGGGGGGGGGGGGGGGGGGGGGGUCUCAUCAAUCUACACACAAUACCCCAUAAUGACAAAGCAAAAACAGGUUUUUAGAUUUUUUUGCAAAUUAUAAAAAAUAAAAAACUGAAAUAUCACAUUUACAUAAGUAUUCAGACCCUUUACUCAGUACUUUGUUGAACACCUUUGGCUGCGAUUACAGCCUUGAGUCUUCUUGGGUAUGACACUAAAAAAGCUUGGCACACCUAUAUUUUGGGAGUUUCUCCCAUUCUUCUCAGUUUGGAUGGGGAGCGUUGCAGUACAGCUAUUUUCAGGUCUCUCCAGAGAUGUUCGAUCGGGUUCAAGUCCGGGCUCUGGCUGGGCCACUCAAGGAUAUUCAGAGACUUGUCUCUGUACUCUGUACUCCUGUGUUGUCUUGGCUGUGUGCGUAGGUUUGUUGUCCUGUUGGAAGGUGAACCUUCGCCCCAGUCUGAGCUCCUGAGCACUCUGGAGCAGCUUUUCAUCAAGGAUCUCUCUGUACUUUGCUCCGUUCAUCUUUCGCUCAAUCAAAUAGUCUCCCAGUCCCUGCCGCUGAAAAACAUCCCCACAGUAUGAUGCUGCCACUGCCAUGCUUCACCGAAGGGAUGGCGCCAGGUUUCCUCCAGACAUGAUGCUUGGCAUUCAGGCCAAAGUGUUCAAUCUUGGUUUCAUCAGACCAGAGAAUCUUGUUUCUCAUGGUCUGAGAGUCCUUUAGGUGCCUUUUGGCAAACUCCAAGCGUGCUGUCAUGUGCCUUUUACUGAGGAGUGGCUUCCGUCGGGCCACUCUUCCAUAAAGGCCUGAUUGGUGGAGCGCUACAGAGAUGGUUGUCCUUCUGAAAGGUUCUCCCAUCUCCACAGAGGAGCUCUGUCAGAGUGACCAUUGGGUUCUUGGUCACCUCCCUGACCAAGGCCCUUCUCCCCCGAUUGCUCAAUUUGGCCGGGCGGCCAGCUCUAGAAAGAGUCUUGGUGGUUCCAAAUUUCUUCCAUUUAAGAAUGAUGGAGGUCACUGUGUCCUUGGGGACCUUCAAUGCUGCAGACAUUUUUUGGUACCCUUCCCCAGAUCUGUGCCUCAACACAAUCCUAUCUCGGAGCUCUACAGACAAUUCCUUCGACCUCAUGGCUUGGGACCUUAUAUAGACAAAUCAUGUCCAAUCAAUUGAAUUUACCAUAGGUGGACUCCAAUCAAGUUGUAGAAACAUCUCAAGGAUGAUCAAUGGAAACAGGAUGCACCUGAGCUCAAUUUCGAUUCUCAUAGCAAAGGGUCUGAAUACUUAUGUAUGUUUAUUUAUUUUUUAUAAAUGUGCAAUAAUUUCUAAAAACCUGUUUUCGCUUCAUCAUUAUGGGGUAUUGUGUAUAGAUUGAUGAAGAUUUUUUUUUUUUAAUCCAUUUUAGAAUAAGGUUGUAACGUAACAAAAUGUGGAAAAAGUCAACGGGUCUGAAUACUUUCAGAAUGCACUGUAUAUAGUACAUCCCACUGGGUUUAAUUUACCACAGAAAUGUAUCUAACCUUCCUGUGAUGAUGGAACGAGACACUGUUGAUACUUUCAAAACAUCAGACAGAUUUUCGGACCGUGUUUUUUAAAACUUCCUCUGUGGUCGAUGCCCCUAGUUUUAAAGGUGUCUCUCUCUCUCUUUCUCUCUCUCUCUCUUUCUCUCUCAUCCAGAUUACGGGAAUGGAAUCAGGCUUACAUCAGCCAUACCAGGUGCCGACAUCAAAGUCCUCAUCAACUUUAACGCGCCCAACCCCCAAGACCGCAAGAAGUUUACUGAUGACCUGCGGGAGUCCAUCGCCGAGGUCCAGGAAAUGGAGAAAUACAGGAUAGAGUGUGAGCAGACAUUUUAGCCCUUCCUCUGUCCGCCCCUCCCUCCCUCUGUCCCCCUCUCCCUCCCUCCCUCCCUGGCCGCCGUGGGUCAUAUAAACUCAGUCAAGUAGAGGCAGAGAGGGCCUCAUGGUCCUCAUUACUAACUCUCUGUUUAUGAGGAGGACUGUUUAUAGAGUUCACAGGAUGGCUACCAGGAGGAGGACUGUUUAUAGAGUUCACAGGAUGGCUACCAGGAGGAGGACUGUGAUUGUGUGAUUCAUCAAAGGGAAACACACAGAAUACUAUUUUUAAGAAUGAGUCAAACGUCGAAAAGGAUUUAGGUGCACUCUAACAAUGCAACAUUUAAUUACUAUGUAUAUGCAAUAGUUACCGAAUGUAUACUAAUAGUCUAUGAGAAAAUAAGACUAGUACCAAUGAUGAAAUUAUAUGAGGAAAUGUAGAACUAUUGUGUGUUUGAAAGAUAUGCACUGAAACAAACACACACACACACACUCCUUACCUUACUCUCUCCCCAUGUGUAUGUUCAUAUACAGCUGAGCUGGAGAAGCAGAAAGGGGUGGUGAGGCCCAGUAUGUCCCAGAGCUCUGGGCUGAAGAAGGAGGCUGGCAACGGCAACAUGAACCGUGCCAGUCUGGACGACACCUACACCAUGGGCGAGGGCCUGAAGAGGAGCGCCCUCAGCAGCUCCCUCCGCGACCUCUCCGAAGCAGGUAAGGUCAUCAUUGUGUUCACCAGAGGGUCCUUUCCUGGGAGAGACCCUCUGUUUUGUUACCUCCUUACUGGUCCUAUAGUGAUAUAACUCAGAGCAUCCAACAUUAUGUUUUAGAGCACCAUGCAUUAAUGUCAGACUUCUCCCCUAAGCUGUAUUGAUGAUCAAUGAAAACAUUAUUCCAGUGAGAUGUUCCUAUGAAAUAACUGAAAUGCAUACUAUAUCUGGGCAGUGUGAGACUCCACAGGAUCAUUGAGCUUAAGGUCCUUUGUAAGUUUAGUCCCAAGAUGAUUUUCUGGUACUGGUGCCCUACCCCAAUGUGAAAUAGUAUUAUCAUAACCUGGGAUAUGAAACAAGAGAAGUAGGUGAGUGCCAUAGAAAAAUAUAAGUAUCUAAAUGAAUAAGCUAUUUGGUAUGAUAUUAUCCAUAGGCCUACUUUAGAGGAUUUGCCUGUUCACUGAAAAGUAAUAUUGAAGGAUGGCUUUCUUCCCUGUAUCUGAAUCCAAAUAUACUUUAUAUCUCAAUGAACACCUUUGAUUUUUGCACUUUUACGUGUCACAUUCUCAUUCUUAAAUCCUUAUUAUUUCUCACAACAUUUCAUGAUGAGCUUUGCUUGUUAUAUGUUCAAUUAAACUACCAUUAUUCACUCACCCUACCAGUCAUUCAACCCCACUGAACUCAAUGGGGAUAUGUUCUCAUACAAUAACUGACAAAAGACGAGAUUUGGUUCCUAAAUGACAACAAACAUCUCAUUGUCAUGAAUAUCAGUACUUCACAUAGCAUCUCUAACUCUAAUGCGCAGCACUUUGAGAACAUGUCAUUCAUUCUGGAUCGCAGUUAUGUUAAGACAUCAUGGUAACGUAAUGAAAUCCAUAUAGGGGUUCUACAGUCCUACAGUAUCUCACAUUGGGAGGUAUUUGCUCUGUUUCCAUUGUCAUGUUGGGUACUGUACUGAAAUACUGAUAUGAUAAGGUUAGUCAGUGCUGAAGUAAAUAGAACAUAGUAGUGUUUCCACCCUCCUGUUUUUGCGUAUGGUUAAGCCCUAACUUUCUAAUCGCAGGACGUGGCAUGAUAGUGUGGUCAUUUCCUGUGUUCUUUUCUUUUCUCGUUAUUCUCCAUCUCAUUAUGUACUUCCUGAUAUUUCCAUUCCCAUUGGGUUUUCUCCUUUCUCCAUAUGUGAAGACUGGUCCUGUAUUCAUUGGCUGAGCCUCUAACAGUGGCAAACCGCUCUGUUUGCCCUUGGGCCUUUUCUGUAUUUGCUCGUACACCUCAUGUGCAACAGCCAUUGUAUUGCUUUUGAUGUUCCUCCUCCUCCUUGACUGUCACUGCCAUUGGCUCUCUUCAAAGCCACCUGUGACCUUUCCUUAUGACAAUCUACAUCUUGUGACAACAUUAAAUCCCAGUUGUCACAUUUUAUCAGGACAUAAAAAAUUAAAUAAAACACUGGAUAAUCUUAACUAGUUCUAGAGUCGAGAUACUUUGCUUAACGCUUUGUAGUUAUGCAGAUGUCCCCAGCUGAAUGUUGCAAAAAUGAUUUCCUUGUCCUUUUAAGUUUGAGCCAAUGCUGGCGAUUCUUCUAAAUUUAGAAUUUUAGUUCUAGCAUCACUUGAGUAUUUUAGAAAGCUUAUUAUCAGAAAUAUAGGAUAUAUAAUAUGAAUAGUGUAGAAGUACACAGACCAAAUGUUUGUCUUUAUCUCUGAACAAAGCUGCAAAAUUAAUGGACAUGACUUCGCCACAGUAAUACCUACCUAUCAACCAGUCCCACAAAAUCUCCCUGACCUCCUGAUCUCACCUCAGCCCAGAUUUAUCUCAGUUUCCAGUGUACUACUCACAACCCCCUGCACUGCCCCCUAGGGGAGAGGAGGGCUGCCUAAACCUCUGUAGUUGAUCCAGGAGUGCUGUCCUAUCCAUCUCUAAUCUGUGGUAUUGCAUGUCUCGGGCAGGCAAGCGUGGGCGCCGCAGCAGUGCAGGAUCACUAGACAGCAAUAUGGAAGUAAGUUGGAAGCAGCUGGUAUCCAAGCUACUCUCUAUGUGAUGAUGUGCACUGUCAAAACACUCCGUACAUUUUUUUUGGUCUUGCACCCCCCUCUGCUUCAUAGACUCUCAGUUCAUCUAGUUUUAUGAUAAUUUUUUAAUCUCGGUUGCCUUUUAACAACCUGCCUGCCUCGGUUCGUGUGCAUGCAUGGGCUGCCUGCCUCUGACGCUGGCAUUGUCUAGAUGGGAGUCAUCUCUUUUUUUGGUCAUGUGGCCAGUUUGCCCUUUUUCUUGAAACAAGCAUGACUCUACUACUAUUCUCCCCUCCCUCCCUCUGAUCCCUGUGUCGUCAUCGUACCCCCAACCCCUCCCCCCUCCGUCUGUUUUGAUCACAGUCUACUGUCCUCCAUUCAGCCAUGUCCCGACCCGCAGUUUUACUUUGCUUUGGGGUUCUAUUACCUAAGGCAGGGGUGCCAGUGAAUAUCUGUUGUAGCACCUACUCUCCCCCCAGUGUUAUGUAACCCUAAAGCCCCUCUCCUGUCCCCUGUUCCCUCUCUUGUCCCCUGUUCCCUCUCUCUGCCCGACCUGGUCUCUCUCCUGUCCCCUGGUCCCUCUCUCUCACUACCCUGGUCCCUCUCUUGUCCCCUGGUUCCUCUCUCUCACCACCCUGGUCUCUCUCCUGUCCCCUGGUUCCUCUUUCUCACCACCCUGGUCCCUCUCCUGUCCCCUGGUCCCUCUCUCUCACUACCCUGGUCCCUCUCUUGUCCCCUGGUUCCUCUCUCUCACCACCCUGGUCUCUCUCCUGUCCCCUGGUUCCUCUUUCUCACCACCCUGGUCCCUCUCCUGUCCCCUGGUCCCUCUUUCUCACCACCCUGGUCCCUCUCCUGUCCCAUGGUCCCUCUCUCUCACCACCCUGGUCCCUCUCCUGUCCCCUGGUCCCUCUCUCUCACCACCCUGGUCCCUCUCCUGUCCCCUGGUCCCUCUUUCUCACCACCCUGGUCCCUCUCCUGUCCCAUGGUCCCUCUCUCUCACCACCCUGGUCUCUCUCCUGUCCCCUGUUCCCUCUCUUGUCCCCUGUUCCCUCUCUCUCACCACCCUGGUCCCUCUCCUGUCCCCUGGUCCCUCUCUCUCACCACCCUGGUCCCUCUCCUGUCCCCUGGUCCCUCUUUCUCACCACCCUGGUCCCUCUCUUGUCCCCUGGUUCCUCUCUCUCACCACCCUGGUCUCUCUCCUGUCCCCUGGUUCCUCUUUCUCACCACCCUGGUCCCUCUCCUGUCCCCUGGUCCCUCUCUCUCACUACCCUGGUCCCUCUCUUGUCCCCUGGUUCCUCUCUCUCACCACCCUGGUCUCUCUCCUGUCCCCUGGUUCCUCUUUCUCACCACCCUGGUCCCUCUCCUGUCCCCUGCCUGUCCUAUGGAAAGAAAGCCCAGAGGGAUUUGAAGCUCAGGGAGGAAGGUUAUUUUACAGCAGCUCAUUGUCACAACAAUAUCUCACUAUCAGAACUCUUAUCAAUAGGCUUUUUACACACAAUAUGAAAUAGUCAAUAUGAAAGAUGUGGAUUUCAUUCAUCAUCAUUUUUUCAUUCCAUGUGUCCAUGUGUUGGUUUUGGAGUCUGGGGACCCUUAAAAAUGUCAUUCCACUUUCAAAGACAUCUAUAGGGUCUCUUUACAACGUUGGACAGAGCAUGCACCAAAUGAAGGGCUUCUAAAAUGAAUGAAUUACAAAAAGGAUAGAGUUGGAACUAGAACAGGGGAUAAGUGAACAGAGUUAUUUUAAAAUGUGCCUACCAGAGCUCCAGUAUGGCUGCUUCCCGCUGUCCGGUUGAAUGCUAACCCAAUAUGGAUAGAGAGUAUGCCUGUUACCUCCUCUGCAUGUGGAUCCUCUGCCUCCAUUGUUUUUAACCAGUUGCAUGUGGGACUCUUGGCAGGUUUGGAAGGCGUUCAACAAUAUGAAAUGUAUAGGCCUGUAUAGUUUUGAUGCAUCUAUUAUGAAGGUUCAGUUUUCAAAUCUCACACACACGUUGAACAGAUUUGACACGGUAGGUUAGAGUUUGAGGUUUGUUUUGAAAUGUAGGUUUCUUCAUUUGUAACAUUGUCAAGAGUGACCAUAACCCUAAUAUUACCAUUCAUUAUUUGUCUGUCAUGAGAUGGCAUUUUUUGUUCAUUUUUUGCAUGCUCUGUCUGUAACGUUGUGCAAGUUGCUGUUGACCCUUGAAAAUGCAGGCAAUUUGCACCAUUUCCAUGAGGGGGUACCUUAGCCUAAAUUAUGGUAGUUUAGACUCUAGUAGGUGGUACUGUGUGAAUGUCCAGUUGUAUAAAAGGUACGGAUAGAUAUGAUGUCCCCUUCUUCUCUCCCACAGGGGUCCAUCAUUAGCAGCCCCCACACACGCCGGAGAGCCACGACCCCUCGCAGCGAGGGCCCUCCCCGGGGCCACCCCACCAUCCCCAACUCCUCCUCCCUCCUCGGGUCGCUCUUUGGCAGCAAGCGGGCGAAGCCUUCAUCCCAGAGCCAUCCUCCUCUUCCUCCGCCCGGUCACCCCACCCUCAUCUCCCACACGCCCCAUCCGUCCAACCUCCACCACACAGCCCAGCAGGUAGCCCAGACCCAGCCAUACCACUCCCAGUACUGCCACGUCCAGCAGAACCCCCCUCCCUACCACCACCACCACCACUACCACCCCCCCGCCCCACCAGCACCCGGCAGCAUAUGCUUCCUCCUCCCUCACACAUCAACACCCGCAUGUACCACAGCACAGUCACGGCACCCACAGCCAGCAUUCGCAUCAUGCCUCACACUCCCAGCAUGCCCUUCACCACCACAGUCAGCAGCAGAGCCCGGCACCCGGCGGAUCCAAACACAAACACAGUGGCAUCAGCACCGUGGUGUGACGUCCCUCAGAGAGAGAGAGAGAGAGUGCGAGAGAGAGCGAGAGAGAGCGAGAGAGAGCGAGAGAGAGCGAGAGAGAGAGAGAGAGCGCGAGAGAAGAGAGAGAGCGAGAUAGAGGGGAGAGAGAGAGAGAGAUCGAGAGAGAGACUCGCGAUAUACAUCGAUAGAUAGAUAUCCCCUCUCUACUCUCUCGUCUCUCCUAUCCUCGUCUCUCUGAUAGUGCUGCGAGGAGAGAGAGAGAGAGAGAGAACUUAAGGGAGGUACAAUCUCUUCCACCAAAGGGACAGAGGGUAUACUUUAAGUCCAUGGCCUGUCCACUGUGUUCCACUGCUGUGGUUGUUGAGAUGGACCUCUGGCAGUCACCUGUAUCAGCUGCUCACCAAUAUGCAGGAUGGAAACCAGACUCAAUUCCUCCACAAAGGGCCGCGGCUCGAACCUUAGAGUGGGGGCCUCUUUCUUUCUGUUGAGGGAGGAGGCGUUUUGUAUGGGGAAACGCUUUCCCUCCUAAUCCCUGUGAACUCACGGCUGAAGAGAACCGUGCACCUCUGUAGGCCGCUCUCCACUGCUCUGUUCUUUCAAUAGCCUGUCUCCCCUUCGUGUAAAGAGUUGGGACAGGCCUGGGAAAACAUUUCUGACUGUUUUCUCUGUCACAAUGGCAUAUUAUAUUGUACACAGUCUUUUUAAACAAAUCUAGCUUUAACAUUCUGCUUUCUUGAGGUUUGUGAAACCCUUUCUUUAUUUUUAAGAAUGCUAUUUGUUGUUGCCUCGUAGAAUUCAUGUAGUGUAGAAAAGCUAGGUGUAAUCAUUUCACAAUAACUAGACCAACGGACAGGCUAACAACUGAGGAAACAGUCUCAAUGGUAGUAGUUGUAGUGCUGCAUUUACUGUAGAUGACAGCUUUACGUGUUGUCUCCUAACUCUCAUUAAUAAAUGUGCCAAUUACUAAUGCAUAAACUAUUUAGUCCAGACUUCAUGUACAGUAUAUUGUGCGUAAAGUACCUUCUAAGAUUAUACAACCGUUAUUAUUAUCAUUAGAAAUUAACUUUAUCAGUAUUAUACUGACUCUAUGGUAACAGGAUAGAUGGAAAGGAGGAGUGAACCCACAUUAAUUCAGGCCAAUAACCUACUCUUGAACCCUUUGCCUUCCAACCAGAGCAUUGAGAGACUCAGGAAUGCAGCUGUGGCAUAUGGCCCUCCUAGUGCUGUGCUGUCAUGUAUAAAACCUUAGAGUGGACAGAUACUUCUUGGCAUGGGCAUUUACUGACCAUUUGUUGUUCAUCUGCUUUACCUCCCGAGUGGCGCAGUGGUCUAAGGCACUGCAUCGCAGUGCUAGCUGUGCCACUAGAGAUCCUGGUUCGAAUCCAGGCUCUGUCGUAGCCGGCCGCGACCGGGAGACCCAUGGGGCGGCGCACAAUUGGCCCAGCGUCGUCCAGGGUAGGGGAGGGAAUGGCCGGCAGGGGAUGUAGCUCAGUUGGUAGAGCAUGGCGUUUACAACGCCAGGGUUGUGGGUUCGAUAAAAUAAUGUAUGUGCUAACUGUAAGUCGCUCUGGAUAAGAGCGUCUGCUAAAUGACUAAAAUGUAAAUGUAAAUGUAAAUCUGCUGGGUAGAUGUGUCCCCCUCAGCUCAGUAUAGUAGUCCUUUAUAAGUUUAGUACUGUGAGUAAGGACACGUUGUAAGAUAGCAGUGAAGAUGUGUCACAGCUCUCUUGUUGAGCUAACGGGCUUCUUUUGGUUGUAUGAUGGCUCAGCUCACAGCUUGCCUGACCUCUCGGACACUUUACUGAAUAGAUGUUGAGGCUCAAGUCACUUUACUGAUGGACCCACAGUAGAGCUGGUAAUGUCUCAUUCCUUUGAUGCAGCUGCAUUCUUGACUCUUCAAAUCAAAAUACAAUAAUCCAUUUUUUUAAAUAGUCAUUUACUAUAUUUUUGUUUUCUUCACAAAACCUGAGUAGUUGAGUGACUAAAAUAAGCUCUUAAGUAUGUAGUGAAUGAUUUAUUUGUUUGUUUGUCAUCUUUGUUUCUAUCAUUAUGUACGCGCAAUAUCGUCGUACUGAUUUUGUACGUUCAGAACAAGCAAAGGGUCCCUUCUGUUUGUUUUGUGUGUUUUCAUGUUGUGUCGUUAUUUAUUUAUUUAGUUCGGACCCCUGUUGUUCUCUCUCAAUGGCUUAAUGUGUGGCUGUUCUCGUGGUUCUCUGAGAAGCACAGUCCUGGAAUUCAGUGGAAUGUCUAUUAAGUGAUGUUGCAUGUAAUGUUAUUGAUGUGAGGCUAUCCUCUCCACAUUCUAUAACGAAUCAGUGUUACCAUAGAGAUUUAAAAUGUAGGCCUUCUACGGGUUCAAGUCUGUUAUCAUGUUGUCCAGGAAGAGAUUCAGGUGAGAAAUAUAUUUUUUUCAUUUCAGAUUAUAUACUUACUUACACAGUUCACGGUGGAAGGAAAGCGGAAUGUGUGUAUAUAUUUUAAAAAGGAAUAUGCUUCCCUCUGGGCAGAACAUAACUAUUUUGCUGGAUAAGCACAUAUGAAGGAGCGCUUUCAUUUUUCAGGAAAUCUGAAAAAAUGUAGAUCUACUAAACAGCAAAUAACUGCAAAUGGAACAAAGGAACUGGGUUAUAUGUAAAGAAAAAUAACUUUCUACAUUCUACAAAAUAAUAGUCUAUUAUCAUGUGUACAUUAAAGUAAGAGUCAACUGUUUGUCCCAAUAUUCAGGGUGUAAAUGUAUUUUAACAUUCACUAAGAACUGAAACCAUAAGACUACAUUCAAGACAUGUCCGUUCAUAUUAGAUCCAUGAUAUUAUAACAUAAAAUAAGGACUUUUAGACAGAUAAACAUAUCUUAUCUGGAACAUGAAUAAUCAAUUGAAUGUCUUUCUAAUAAUUUCAUAUUUUCCUUUUUGCAACUCAGAAAUGGUCGGACAACGUAAAAAAAAAAAGAACAACAUGUUUAGAUUGAUCUUGAUAUCUGUUGUAGUGCUUCAAGAAAUGUCUACAGUCUGAGAAGUACCCCCACAAUGCACUGCAUGGACCUGAUGCAUCGUGUGUCCUUUUCACUGUGAGCUGGCUGACCAGGUCAGCCUGUAAAGUUGAUUGACUUUAUUUCCUUUCUUUUUAUUGGUUUAGAUUUGGAAUCUUCUGAUGUUGACUUGCUCUGCUGUCCCACGUUAAGCUGAUUGUUACUUCAGCUCAGCAUGCAUUUAUUUCAUCUGCAUAUACAUAGCCAUUGUAAAAAUAACAAAACAUUAACACCGUUGCACUUGUGUUACUGAGCCGAGGGCUAUGAAUGUGUAAAUAGGAGAGUAGAAGUGUUGAUUAUGGAAUUCUAAAAAGGGUGGUUUAUCUAAAAUGAAGAUGAGAAGGGACCAAGUGGGAGAAAAGGGAUAUGUACAUAGUGUGUAUAUUAUCACUACUGUAAUCCAACAUCUGCCGUGGAGAUCAGGGUGGUGUGCCCGUCACCUCAUAUGGGAGGUGGAAAAUAUAUGAUUCAGAACAUAUCGCUUGUCUCUGCCUCCAACUGAACUGAACUGUCAUUCGCUGUGGAUCUCAAAGACAGACUGUUAUAACGUUUACUGCCUCCUACACACACACACACACACACACACACACACACACACACACACACACACACACACACACACACACACACAGACACAGACACACACACACACACACACACACACACACACACACACACACACACACACACACACACACACACACACACACACACACAGACACACACACACACACAGACACACACACACACACACACACACACACACACAGACACACACACACACACACACACACACACACACACACACACACACACACACAGACACAGACACACAGACACAGACUCAUCAAAGGGAAAGACAAGAGUGGCCUCAUUUCUUUGUGCAUUCAGUUUGUCCAGUGAGUAGUGAGUCAGUAAGACCCCAGUUAUUGUAAAACUUCAACUGUGACAAUGUUGACAACGCUAAAUAAACAAAUAUAUGACUUGUGUUGGUAUGCAUGUGUUGGUCUUUAGCUUCUAACAUGCGUCAUCAUGUGUGUCAUUCCUUUUAUCUUACCAAUUCACAGAUCAAAUAAAGCCCUUGUCAACAAGGUACCUUUAGAAAGGGUUAUCUACUUCUUAGAUGCAUGUUGCAUACCGGUAUGUAUCAGGGAGGUUUUCAACAAAAACAUAUUUUUUUUUUACCUGUGUUACGGUUAGUACACCUGUCGGUAAUACACAGCAUAACCAAUGGAAGGCACGCAGAGAUGAAGCAGUUUGUCAGCGCACCACCUAGUGAAUAGAUGGGUUCUAGUCGGUGUUUACCAUACACUACUACCUAGUGGAUAGAUGGGUUCUAGACUGUGUUUACCAUACACUACUACCUAGUGGAUAGAUGGGUUCUAGACUGUGUUUACCAUACACUACUACCUAGUGGAUAGAUGGGUUCUAGACAGUGUUUACCAUACACUACUACCUAGUGGAUAGAUGGGUUCUAGACUGUGUUUACCAUACACUACUACCUAGUGAAUAGAUGGGUUCUAGACAGUGUGGUUUUUUACCAUACACUAUACCUAGGAUAGAGGUUCUAGCGUGUUUACCACCUACUACCUAGUGGAUAGAUGGGUUUAGCGUGUUACUAGAUAGAUGGGUUCUAGUCAGUUUUACCAUACACUACUACCUAGUGGAUAGAUGGGUCUAGACAGUGUUUUACCAUACACCUACUACCUAGUGGAUAGAUGGGUUUCUAGAUCAGUGUUUUUACCAUACACUACUACCUAUGGAUAGAUGGGUUCUAGUCGGUGUUUACUACACUACUGGGUUCUAGAUCAAGUUCAGUAGUUUUACCAUACACUACUACCUAGUGGAUAGAUGGGUUUCUAGACAGUUGUUUACCAUACAACUACUACCUAGUGGAUAGAUGGGUUCUAGAUCUAGUCAGUGUUACCAUACACUACUGACUAGUGGGAUAGUUGGGUUCUCGACAGUGUUUACCAUACACUACUUACCCUAUGUGGCUAGAUGGGUUCUAAUCUCGUCGGUUUACCCAUACACUACUAACCUAGUGGAUAGUUGGGUUCUAGACAGUGUUUACCAUACACUACUACCCUAGUGGAUAGAUGGGUUCUAGAUCGAGGCAGUGUUUACCAUUUCCACUACUACCUAGUGGAUAGAUGGGGUUCUAGACAGGUGUUUAACAUACACUUACAUACCUAGUGGCUAGCUGGGUUCUAACCAAGUGUUUAACCUACACUUACUACCUAGUGGAUAGUUGGGUUCUAGAUCUAGUCAGUGUUUACCAUACACUACUACCUAGUGGUAUUUAGAUGGGUUCUAGACACGUGUUUACCAUUACACUACUACCCUCAGUGGAUGAUGGGUUCUAGAUCUAGGGUUUACCAUACACUAACGACCUAGUGGAUUAGAUGGGUUCUUCGACAGUGGUUUACCAUACACUACUUACCCUAGUGGAUAGAUGGGGUUCUAGACCGUGUUACCCAUACACUACUACCUAGGGAUAGAUGGGUUCUAGGAAUGGUUUACCCAUACACUACUACCUAGUGGAUAGAUGGGUUCUAGACAGUGUUUACCAUACACUACUACCUAGUGGAUAGAUGGGGUUUCUAGACAGUGUUUACCAUACACUACUACCUAGUGGAUAGAUGGGUUCUAGACAGUGUUUACCAUACACUACUACCUAGUGGAUAGAUGGGUUUCUAGACAGUGUUUACCAUACACUACUACCUAGUGGAUAGAUGGGUUCUAGACAGUGGUUUACCAUACACUACUACCUAGUGGAUAGAUGGGUUCUAGACAGUGUUUACCAUACACUACUACCUAGUGGAUAGAUGGGUUCUAGUCAGUGUUUACCAUACACUACUACCUAGUGGAUAGAUGGGUUCUAGACAGUGUUUACCAUACACUACUACCUAGUGGAUAGAUGGGUUCUAGUCAGUGUUUACCAUACACUACUACCUAGUGGAUAGAUGGGUUCUAGACAGUGUUUACCAUACACUACUACCUAGUGGAUAGAUGGGUUCUAGACAGUGUUUACCAUACACUACUACCUAGUGGAUAGAUGGGUUCUAGAUCUAGUCAGUGUUUACCAUACACUACUACCUAGUGGAUAGAUGGGUUCUAGACAGUGUUUACCAUACACUACUACCUAGUGGAUAGAUGGGUUCUAGACAGUGUUUACCAUACACUACUACCUAGUGGAUAGAUGGGUUCUAGACAGUGUUUACCAUACACUACUACCUAGUGGAUAGAUGGGUUCUAGACAGUGUUUACCAUACACUACUACCUAGUGGAUAGAUGGGUUCUAGACAGUGUUUACCAUACACUACUACCUAGUGGAUAGAUGGGUUCUAGACAGUGUUUACCAUACACUACUACCUAGUGGAUAGAUGGGUUCUAGACAGUGUUUACCAUACACUACUACCUAGUGGAUAGAUGGGUUCUAGAUCUAGUCAGUGUUUACCAUACACUAAUACCUAGUGGAUAGAUGGGUUCUAGACAGUGUUUACCAUACACUACUACCUAGUGGAUAGAUGGGUUCUAGACUAUGUUUACCAUACACUACCACCUAGUGGAUAGAUGGGUUCUAGUCAGUGUUUACCAUACACUACUACUUGAUCCUAGUACUAUCAUAGAGUAGAGUCGGAUCUGGUGUUGGGCCAAGAAAUGCACUAAUUCAUAGUUUUAUGUGACGGAGUAGUAGCAUACUCUACAUAGAACUUAUAGGUUACUGGCCAACACAGGAAUAGUAGUAGGUUAUAGCAACAAUAAUUACAUGAGCAUAUUUAUGGCAGUUAUGGAGGCUCAUACCAAUAAUAUAAUAAUACCACAUUGGUCGUCAUUGUUAACAUGUAUAGCAGUACUACGUUACAAACUCACUUAUUAAAAGCCUACCACAUUUUUUGAAGAUAAACCCUUAUCUUCUCCCAACAGAGGUGUUUCCCUCUCAUCACGUGACCCAAAGCUUGCCCUGUCAGUGGUGACUUUCACACAUUCUGACGCUGUUACGUAUGUGCAGAGGGGAUUCUGACAUUUAAAAAACACGUCCGUUACAAAAUGGACAAUAGUGGCUGACUUGAAGGACGUCUCCUAGAACUCUAAAACUUUUCUAGACCUUCCAGAGCAGCACUGGACAGAACACCUGUGGAUUGAUAUUUGACAGAGCACAGGCCUCAACGAUGAGUGGAAUUACAAGAACUACCUUCUACUUUGGCUUUACUCUAGUCCUGUUGACAAUAACUUGACACUGAAAGGUAGGCCUCACUCUAGUCUUGUUGACAAUAACUUGACACCUAAAGGAAGGCCUCACUUUAACAUUUAUGGCCAUGGCCUAUCAUGAUAAGCCUGUUCAGCCCAUAGGAUACUGUAUAUGAUAUGACAGACAUAUUUUUCCACCCAAUGUGGGAUAGAUACAAAGUUUACCCACAUCUCUAUUAUUUUCUGAGUAAAUGGAUCAAUAGAUGUUACAUGCACCUCCAUAUAUGUAUAUGAUAUGACAGACAUAUUUUUCCACCCAAUGUGGGAUAGAUACAAAGUUUACCCACAUCUCUAUUAUUUUCUGAGUAAAUAGAUCAAUAGAUGUUACAUGCACCUCCAUAAAACAUAGUAUUCCUUUCACAGGUAGGCCUAAUUCAAAGCAUAAUUUUUUUGGGACUACAUUACCAAAUGUAUGUGGACACCUGCUCGUCAAACAUCUCAUUCCAAAAUCAUGGGCAUUAAUAUGGAGUUGGUCCCCCCUUUGCUAUAACAGCCUCUACUCUUCUGGGAAGGCUUUCCACUAGAUGUUGGAUCAUUUCUGCAGGAACUUGCUUCCAUUCAGCUACAAGAGCAUUAGUGAGGUCGGGCACUGAUGUUGGGCGAUUAGGCCUGGCUCGCAGUCGGCGUUCCAAUUCAUCCCAAAGGUUGAGGUCAGGGCUCUGUGCAGGCCAGUCAAGUUCUUCCACACUGAUCUCGACAAACCAUUUCUGUAUGGACCUCGCUUUGUGCACGGGGCAUUGUCAUGCUGAAACAGGAAAAGGCCUUCCCCAAAUUGUUGCCACAAAGUUGGAAGCACAGAAUCGUCUAGAAUGUCAUCGUAUGCUGUAGCGUUAAGAUUUCCCUUCACUGGAACUAAGGGGCCUAGCCCGAACCAUGGAAAACAGCCCCACACCAUUAUUUAUCCUCCACCAAACUUGCAUUCGGACAGGAAGCGUUCUCCUGGCGUUCGCAAAACCCAACUUCGUACGUCAGACUGCCAGAUGGUGAAGCGUGAUUCAUCACUCCAGAGAACGCGUUUCCACUGCUCCAGAGUCCAAUGGGGGCAAGCUUUACAGCAUUCCAGCCGACGUUUGGCAUUGCGCAUGGUGAUCUUAGGCUUGUGUGCGGCUGCUCGGCCAUGGAAACCCAUUUCAGUUCUUGUGCUGACAUUGCUUCCAGAGGCAGUUUGGAACUCGGUAGUGAGUGUUGCAACAGAGGACAUGCGAUUUUUACGCACUUCAGCACUCGGCUGUCCCUUUCUGUGAGCUUGUGUGGCCUACCACUUCACGGCUGAGCUGUUGUUGUUCCUAGAUGUUUCCACUUCACAAUAACAGCACUUACAGUUGACCGGUGCAGCUCUAGCAGGGCAGAAAUGUGAAGAACUGACUUGUUGGAAAGGUGGCAUCCUAUUACGGUGCCACGUUGAAAGUCACUGAGCUCUUCAGGAAGGCCGUUCUACUGCCAAUGUUUGUCUAUGGAGAUUACAUGUGCUCCAUUUUAUACACCUGUCAGCAACGGGUGUGGCUGUAAUAACCGAAUCCACUCAUUUGAAGGGGUGUCCACAUACUUUUGUAUAUAUAGUGUAUGCAUACAUCAUGGCAUGUUUUUCUUCCUGCAGGAUGCUCUUCGGUUCAGGGCUAGCCAUCCUCCUCCUCCUGGCCACAUCCAGUGCACAGACCAGCCCACAACCCUGCCGGUGUUCAACCCUACAGCCUGCAGGACUACAGAUAAACUGCAGCUCCCUGAGCCUCAGGGAAGUGCCACCUCUCUCUCCAGACACCACCGAGCUCCACCUCCAGAACAACCUGCUGUCCACAGUACCUCCAGGGCACUUCGACAGGCUGCAAGGCCUGAGGAGGGUCACCCUGUCUGGAAAUCCUUUCCACUGUAACUGUGAAAUCCAGUACCUAAGGACCUGGCUGAGGAGGAACAGGGCUGUCAUGUCUGGUGGGGUGCCCACCUGUGCCAGCCCCAGUAGUGUGGCACACACAGCCAUCACUGUGCUCAGUGAUGCCUACUUCUCCUCCUGUGCCCAGCGGAGGUGUGCAAGGGAGGUGUAUGAUACCCUGGUGGGGGUGAUGCUGUGUGGGCUCAUCGGCCUGCUGCUGUGGGCCCUGAAGCUAGCGAAGAACUCCACCUUCACUCUGGACAUGGAUCAGAGACACGCAGGGUUUGAGGCUGACUCUCUGAAGUCGCUGAAGCCCAAACACAGGAGGACACUCCAGAGGGUCUCUCUGUCUGAGGAAUGUGAGAACUCUACCUCUCUCACCUGGACAGAUGACCCAGAGAGACCACUGAUUAACAUGGAGAUAUUGCCACAAAUACUGGACGUGUUGCACAAGAAGCACAAUAUAAAGAUAAAGGCAACAUGA